UCAUUUUUUAGUAUACUUAUCCGAUUCGGUUGAUGUCUACAUGUGUUCAGGUUUUGAAAAGUUUUCAAGUUCGUAAAAAUGACUUUCAAUUUCGAUUUUAAAGUUCCCAAAGUUUUGAAGUCUGUGAAAUAUUCGUUAGCGGCUGUAAAUGGAGUGUUUUUGCUGACAGGCUUCGUGCUGAUCAUCGUGGGUAUAACAGCAUUGGUGUCAUUCUCCCAGUAUGAACCACUUAUCACUCAAAGGUUCUUCAAUGUACCAAGCUUCGUGAUAUCUACCGGCGUCAUCAUUAUUCUGGGAUCAGCUCUUGGAUUCUACAGCGCUAUAUCGCAAAAGUUUUACUUCGUUGCUGGGUAUGUGGUGCUACUCCUGGUGGUCCUGAUCUUCGAAGUCUCCAUGAUUAUCACUGCCUUCAACCUCACGAAACACGUGCUGACUGAGAUCCGACCGGUAAUGGCUCAGUCCCGAUUGACGUAUGGAACAAAUAUCAACGUCAAUAUGCUUUGGGAUAAUCUUCAAAUGGAUUUCAAAUGCUGCGGUGUCGGAGGACCAGGAGAUUACCAGCUAACUCAGAUCCCAAUCUCAUGCUGCUACAUAGAGUACGGCACAAUAUCUCCCUUCGAAUGUGGAAGCAAUGCGUACUCGGAUGGGUGUGCGGUUCCUCUCGCAGAAUGGCUGUCCUUCAAGACUAACGUCAUAGCUGUAACUGCUGUCGUCCUCUGUUGUAUUCAGGUACUGCUUUCGCUAAUGGGCGGCUACUUGGCUUACAGAUCGAAGUUUGAAGUUGUCGAGUUGGAGUCUUAAUUAAGUUAGCUAAUUUACGUAAGGAUUAGAUUUUAAGAGCUACGUUUAUUAUACAGUGCCUUCUAACGACAGCUAAUUAUAGUUAUAAUCUAAAAUAUUCGAGACAAAAUGGAAUUGGUCUAAUGAUUCAAAUACUUUAUAAGGCCUCAAUUGCAUUUCUGUGAUCGUUUUCGGUACAUAUUUCAUUGUGAUUUCAAACAAUAGAUUGAUUGUACAGUAGAUACCUGCCUAUGUAUUGUGUUGAAAAUCUUUUCAUACUUACCUACUUGUAAAUUAUUAUGUUUUCGGCUUACUCACGUAGUAAUUCGACGAGGAGCUCGACUAGUUUCAAGCCAUG